GCCCGGCUAAUCCGUCUGCGAGCAGCUUAGGGAUUGUCUUUUUCUGGCACCUGCUUGCUGCCCUGCACGUCCUCCACUCUGGCAGGGAUUUAGCCCGAGCUGCGUCAGCGGGCUUCCUGGGGCUCCCGCCACCCGGCCAGCCUCCCAUCCCGAGGGUGGGCACGGGCCACAGGCCAAGGGCAGCAGGUCAGGCCGGCUGGGGACGCGGGAGCCAGACGUGGACAGGGCCCGGCGCUGGGAUGGAUUUCGGGUCCCUGGAGACGGUGGUGGCCAAUUCGGCCUUCAUCGCGGCCCGGGGCAGCUUCGACGCGAGCAGCGGCCCGGCCGCCCGGGACAGGAAGUACCUGGCCAGGCUCAAGCUGCCCCCACUGUCCAAGUGCGAGGCGCUCCGGGAGAGCCUCGACCUGGGCUUCGAGGGCGUGUGCCUGGAGCAGCCCAUCGGCAAGCGGCUCUUCCAGCAGUUUCUGCGGGCCCACGAGCAGCACGGGCCGGCCCUGCAGGUCUGGAGGGACAUCGAGGACUAUGACACGGCUGACGAUGCCCUCCGGCCGCAGAAGGCCCAGGCCAUCCGGGCCGCAUACCUGGACCCCCAGGCCCAGCUCUUCUGCAGCUUCCUGGGUGCGGAGACAGCGGCGCGGGCCCGGGAGGGGGCGGGGGACGGGCUCUUCCAGCCCCUGCUGCGGGCCGUCCUGGCACACCUAGGCCAGGCCCCUUUCCAGGAGUUCCUGGACAGUCUCUACUUCCUGCGCUUCUUGCAGUGGAAGUGGCUGGAGGCCCAGCCCAUGGGCGAGGACUGGUUCCUAGACUUCAGGGUGCUGGGGCGGGGCGGCUUCGGGGAGGUGUUCGCCUGCCAGAUGAAGGCCACCGGCAAGCUGUACGCAUGCAAGAAGCUGAACAAGAAGCGGCUGAAGAAGCGGAAGGGAUACCAGGGUGCGAUGGUGGAGAAGAAGGUCCUGGCCAAAGUGCACAGCAGGUUCAUCGUGUCUCUGGCCUACGCCUUCGAGACCAAGACGGACCUCUGCCUAGUGAUGACCAUCAUGAACGGAGGUGACAUUCGGUACCACAUCUACAACGUGGACGAGGAGAACCCUGGCUUCCAGGAGCCUCGUGCCAUCUUCUACACGGCCCAGAUCAUCAGCGGCCUGGAGCACCUGCACCAGCGGAACAUCGUCUACCGAGACCUCAAGCCCGAGAACGUGCUGCUGGACGACGACGGCAAUGUCCGCAUUUCUGACCUUGGGCUGGCCGUGGAGCUGAAGGAAGGACAGACCAAGACCAAGGGCUAUGCAGGGACCCCAGGGUUCAUGGCCCCCGAGCUCCUGCAGGGGGAGGAGUACGGCUUUUCCGUGGAUUACUUCGCGCUGGGCGUCACGCUGUAUGAGAUGAUUGCAGCCCGAGGGCCCUUCCGAGCCCGCGGAGAGAAGGUGGAGAACAAGGAGCUGAAGCAGAGGGUCCUAGAGCAGGCGGUCACCUACCCCGACAAGUUCAGCCCGGCCAGUAAGGACUUCUGCGAGGCGCUGCUGCAGAAGGACCCCGAGAAGCGCCUGGGGUUCCGGGGCGGCUCCUGCGACGGGCUCCGCACGCACCCCCUCUUCAGAGAUGUCAGCUGGCGGCAGCUGGAGACCGGGAUGCUGACCCCGCCCUUCAUCCCGGACUCCAGGACCGUCUAUGCAAAGAACAUCCAAGAUGUGGGUGCCUUCUCCACGGUCAAGGGCGUGGCCUUUGACAAAGCGGACACGGAAUUCUUUCAGGAGUUCGCCUCGGGCACCUGCCCCAUCCCCUGGCAGGAGGAGAUGAUCGAGACGGGCAUCUUCGGGGACCUGAACGUGUGGCGGCCCGACGGGCAGAUGCCGGACGACAUGAAGGGCAGCUCCGGGCAGGAGGCAGCCCCCUCAUCCAAGUCAGGCAUGUGUCUGCUUUCCUAGGCCGGCCGCGGCCCCUGGUGGGUCGGCGAGCCCUCCCACCAGCCACUCAGCACGGGAGGAGGAGGCCGGUCCAGCUAGACCUCCCGCCCCGGGUAGGAGCGCCAGCGGGAAACGGCCCACUUUUUGGCACCAUUUUGCUCAGAAAGUGUCCAGCGUUGGUUUCCAGAUGGAGUCCACCCUGACGCACGGCUCUCCAGGGCACUAGCGCAGACGAACAAGCUGGCAGUGGUUUGGGCAGCGGGAGAGGGGCUGGGCUGGGGUUCCUGGCACCUUCACGGCAGCUGGCCAGGCCCUGGCUUCUCAGGGCUGGUGCAGAGAUGGCAAACCCUGGCCUCGGGGCUCGUGGGCCCCCCUGGAGAGGCCAGACUGGGGGCCUGGCCCGUCUCCCUCAGUGCCCAGCUGCUGGACCCACCACAGCCACCAGUCACGGUGGGGCCAGGCUGGCCCCUCCUGCACAUCGGGGGCGCUGAGUCCCAGGCAUCCAAGAGGAGGGAAGGGCACAGGACCCGGGGUGAGACAGGCCGCCAGCCGCCCUCCGGCUUCCCUUCCUUCUGAGACCGUCUCCAGCCAACCUCACCUGUGUGCGGACCCGCUCAGCCGGGCAGCUGGGGGCAGAGCUGUCUCCCUGCAGGCCUGUUCCCGCCCCCUCACUGCCUCUGGGCCUGCAGAGCCUGGCCAGCGCCGGGCCAGUCUAGCUUUGUGCGGUUGGCUGCCUGAUGGCCAGGGCAGGCCCCUCCUCGUCUUGAGCACCCCCCCCCCCAGACCAUGUCAGUGCAGCCAGCGCGCCCGCCACCUGCGGCCCCACGGCCUCGGGACAGCGUGAUCCUGAGAAGCAGGAACUUUGAGGCCGCGGCUCAGCCGCUGGGAACCCUUGGCCCUGCCGGUCUGGAGCCGCUUCCCCGGCGCGUGUGGGCAGAUGGCUGUCCAUGCUUCAAGUGUGUCUUUGGCCCCUCAUGCACCGAGGACAUUAAAGCCCUUUCGUGAUGAAUAAACCUGCAGGAUGGGUCUCUC